AGGGUUUGCUAUCCAGCUGUUCACAUGGCUCUGCUGCUCCUGGGUGUCUGGGGGAUCUUACUAUUUCUGGGGCUAUGGAGAUUGAUCCGGGGCCAUGUCCGGGACCCCUCUUUGGUUCCUCGGUGGCCCCCUGGGCCUCGCCCUCUGCCAUUCCUGGGGAACCUGCAUUUGCUGGGCGUGACCCAACAAGACCGGGCACUGAUGGAGCUCUCAGAACGCUAUGGGCCAAUGUUCACAAUCCAGCUGGGAUCUCAGAAGACCGUGGUGCUGUCAGGCUACGAGGUGGUGAGGGAGGCCUUGGUUGGGACUGGGCAUGAGCUAGCCGACCGGCCCCCAAUCCCCAUCUUCCAGUUCAUCCAGCGAGGUGGGGGCAUCUUCUUUUCUUCUGGAGCUCACUGGAGGGUGGCUCGUCAAUUCACGGUGCGCACACUGCAGAGCCUGGGUGUGCGACAGGCACCCUUGGUGGGCAAGGUGCUUCAGGAGUUAGCCUGUCUUAAAGGGCAGCUGGACAGCUAUGGAGGCCAGCCCUUCCCCCUGGCCGUGCUGGGCUGGGCACCCUGCAACGUCACCUUCACGCUCCUCUUCGGCCAGCGCUUUGACUACCAAGAUCCUGUGUUUGUGUCCCUGCUGAGUCUCAUUGACCAGGUCAUGGUCCUGUUGGGGUCACCUGGCAUACAGCUAUUCAACACAUUCCCCAGGCUGGGGGCCUUGUUGCGGUUGCACAGGCCGGUCUUGAGCAAGAUCGAGGAGGUGCGCACCAUCCUGAGAACCCUCCUGGAAGCAAGGAGAGCACACUUGCCAAGUGGCGGUCCCGUGCAAAGCUACGUGGAAGCUCUGCUUCAGCAGGGCCAGGAGGAUGAUCCCGAGGACAUGUUUGGCGAGGCUAAUGUCCUGGCCUGUACACUGGACAUGGUCAUGGCUGGAACAGAGACCACAGCGGCCACGCUGCAGUGGGCAGCCUUCCUGAUGGUUAAGCACCCACAGGUGCAAGGUCGGGUGCAGGAGGAGCUGGACCGAGUGCUGGGCCCCGGGCAGGUACCUCAAGCAGAGCACCAGCGAGUAUUGCCCUACACCAGUGCCGUGCUUCAUGAGGUCCAGCGGUACAUCACACUCCUGCCCCAUGUGCCCCGCUGCACAGCUGCUGACAUCCAGCUGGGUGGCUACCUGCUCCCCAAGGGCACUCCUGUGAUUCCUUUGCUGACCUCAGUGCUCCUGGACAAGACACAGUGGGAGACCCCAAGCCAGUUCAACCCGAACCACUUUCUGGAUGCUAAGGGGCGCUUUAUGAAGCGGGGGGCCUUCCUGCCUUUCUCCACUGGUCGCAGGGUCUGCGUUGGGAAGAGCCUGGCCAGGACAGAGCUCUUCCUGCUGUUCGCUGGCCUCCUCCAGCGGUACCACCUACUGCCCCCGCCCGGCCUCAGCCCCGCAGACCUGGAUUUACGGCCUGCCCCAGCUUUCACCAUGCGGCCACCUGCCCAGACCUUGCGUGUGGUGCCGAGAUCCUAG